UCUAUCGCAGAACCCUAUACAUAAAAUUCUCAAGCGCACACUUCCUCCCUUGCAAGAUGAGGUUAACUCCCGAGGUCAUGGCCAAGAGCCAGACGCAUCUGAACGCUUUGAAGGAACGAGAGCUCGAGCUGCGAGGCCUUCAAAUCCCCCUGAUCGAGAAUCUCGCUUCCCACCUCGGAACAUACGACACCCUCAACCUGACCGAUAACGCGCUGAUUAGCUUAGGAAAUAUUCCUCUCGCUCCUCGUAUAAGAGCAAUUCACGUGGGGUUGAACAACAUCUCGUCGAUAGCACCCAACUUGGCUACGAGUGUACCACACCUAGAGACGCUCAUUCUCAACUCCAACUCGCUCGCAUCUCUCUCCGCCCUCCUUCCUCUGGCAAACUGUCAAAAGCUGGAACACUUGUCUUUGAUCGGGAACCCUGUUAGAUCGGAAAAGCAUUACCGAGAAUGGCUGAUAUGGAAGCUCGGAAAGACCAACCUCCGAGUGCUCGACUACAAGCGAAUCAAGGAUGCCGAACGAGUAUCUGCAAAAUCCCUAUUUGAAGACGCCGAAACCGGUCUACCCUCCCAACUCGCCCACUCGCUCACUUCGGAAGCGGCUACGAACGCUGCUAACGCCGCAGCCAACGCCGUCCUCGCCCAAUCCUCGACCGGUGCGAGCAAGAACGCCAAUGGUGCUGCGGCGAGGUCGAUGACGGAGGACGAAAAGGCAAGGGUGAGGGAGGCUAUCAAGGGCGCAUCAAGUAUCGAAGAGGUCAAGAGGUUGCAACGCAUGUUGGCAGAGGGCAAAGUGCCGGAAGGUCAGGCCGUAUAGAACCGUCUGUGGGUGCGGCUUGGCGAACCAUAUUCGGCUCGAGAAGGAGAUGGUAUCGCGGCGGACCGGAUGACGAACAAAAAUGGGGUGGGAUGGGGUCUUUUCUCCUGCACAACAGUGCGUUUGGCAUGGAGACAGGAUGAAUGAAUUGGUGGCUAUCUUCUCUUUGUGGUUUCUUUGUCUUUAGCAUAUUCUGCUUGUACCAUGUGCCUCUUGGCCGAAUGAAAUCUUCCGUUUACACCGUAGAUCAACCUUUCUGCUGAAUUGA